AUGACUUGUGGUCAUUGCAAGAAGUCAGAGGAAUGUAGACCAAUAAAUGGAACGUGUUUGGAUGGAUGUUCUGGGGGCUAUGAAGGGCAACUAUGUAACAAAACAUGCCGGAAUGGAUACUUUGGAGAAAACUGUGUGUACAGGUGUAAUGAUACAUGUAAACAAUGUGACAGAUUUAGCGGUGCAUGUGGAAGUAUAUGUCAUCCUGGUUGGAAAGGAGAAUUCUGUCAUGAAGAGUGCGAUGAGCAUCGGUAUGGAGAUGGUUGUAAUGAGACCUGUGGUAAAUGUGUGGACAGCGAACCUUGUCAUCACGUCAAUGGUUCCUGUGUUAAUGGUUGUGGAUCUGGAUAUCAUGGAAAUAAAUGUGAUACAGUUUGUGAAUUUGGGUUUUACGGACCUAACUGUAAAAGUGCAUGCAGUACAUUUUGUAAAACAUCACGUGACUGUCAUCACGUGACUGGUGCCUGUAAAUUGGGUUGUAUAUCUGGAGUGAAGGGGAGUGAAUGUCUAGAGGUCCAAGACUACCAGAUAUACUUCUUUAAUGUUCUUGGUGCACUUUGCUUCACUCUCUUUGUUAUCCUGUUGUGUGUGCUCUACAAAAUAAUUCAAAGGAUAAAUCACACGAGAACAAUGACAAAUAAAUCAUAUUUUGUCAGCGACUCUUCCAUUCCUCAGAAUGAAGAUGUGUCUUUGCUCAAAAAGGACGAUCAGCCCGUUUUAUUGAAUCAUGAGAAUCCAGUGAUGCUACAAUUGGAAACACCUUCCAACUACGACACUAAGCUUUAGAAAGUUAACUUAUACGAGAAACUACUUUUUCCGCGAAUUAUUUUGUUCUUUAUACAUAAAUAAUUUUCUUGUAAAAAAAAAAUAAAAUAAAAAAAAAAACA